CCCCUCCCCAGCACCUCGCCCCAUGCAGCCUGUUAUAAAUAGGAGGCAGCCCAGCCAGUGUUGGGCCACAUCCCUGUCACCUGCAGGAGCUGCCGCGGUCCGGCCACCUACCCCGGGAGAAUGGAGGCACCUGCACAGGCUGGCGCAGUGGCCCAGGCAGCUGGUGUGGGGCCCAGGACCUGCAAGUGCCCCCAGGCCCCGCCACCGCCCCCCAUGGAGGAGGGGCCCCGGGAGCCGCUGGUGGAGCUGCCCGGCUCCUUCAGGGAGCUGUUCACCUUCUUCUGCGCCAACACCACGGUGCACGGCACCAUCCGCCUCAUCUGCUCCAGCCAGAACCGCCUCAAGACGGCGUCCUGGGGGCUGCUGUUCCUGGGGGCCCUGGGCGCGCUCUACUGGCAGUUCGGGCUCCUCUUCGAGCAGUACUGGCGCUACCCCGUCAUCAUGACCGUGUCCAUGCACUCCGAGGGGAAGCUCUUCCCGUCCGUCACUCUGUGCGACAUGAACCCGCACCGGCCCAGCCCGGUGCGCAGACACCUGCAGGCCCUGGACGCGUUUGCCCAGGAGAACAUCUACGCCCUCUAUCGGUUCAACCUCAGCACGAGCGGGGCCAUCCCCCCCGUGGAGGACCCGGGCCCGGCCCCCGCCUUCCAGCUGGACCGCAGGGUCCGCCUGGAGCGGCUGAGCGGCCCGGGCAGCCAGAACAAAGUGGGCUUCCGGCUGUGUAACAGCACCGGCGGCGACUGCUUCUACCGCGCCUACUCGUCGGGCGUGACGGCCGUGCGCGCCUGGUACCGCUUCCACUACGUGGACAUCCUGGCUCUGCUGCCCCCGAGCCCCGAGGACAGCCACCAGAGCCACGGCGGCCACUUCGUCUUCUCCUGCCGCUACAACGGCCAGGACUGCCAGGCCCAGCACUUCCGGGCAUUCCACCACCCCACCUACGGCAGCUGCUAUACCGUCAAUGGCAUGUGGACUGCGCAGCGCCCGGGCAUCACCCACGGGAUCAGCCUAAUCCUCAGGGCUGAGCAGCAGGACGACCUCCCGCUGCUGUCCACCGAGGCGGGCAUCAAGGUCAUGGUCCACACGCGGGACCACACGCCCUUCCUGGAGCACCGCGGCUUCAGCAUCCGGCCCGGGACGGAGACCACCAUCGGCAUCCGGGAGGACGAGGUGCACCGGCUCGGGAGCCCCUACAGCCACUGCACGGACAGCGGGGAGGGCGUGGACGUCCGGCUGCUGUACAACACCACCUACACCAGGCAGGCCUGCCUGGUCUCCUGCUUCCAGCAACUGAUGGUGAACACCUGCUCCUGCGGCUACUACUUCUACCCCCUGCCGGCGGGGGCCGAGUACUGCAGCUCCGCGCGGCACCCGGCCUGGGGCCACUGCUUCUACCGCCUCUACAGGAAACUGGAGACCCACCGGCUUCCCUGCUCCUCUCGAUGCCCCCGGCCCUGCAGGCAGUCUUCCUACAAGCUGUCAGCGGGGAGCUCCAGCUGGCCUUCCACCAAGUCGGGGGACUGGAUCCUGGCCGUGCUGGGUGAGCGUAGCCCCGGGAGCCCUGGCCGGAGCCCUGGCUGGAGCCCGAGACCCAGGAGCAACGUGGCCAAGGUGAACAUCUUCUACCAGGAGCUCAACUACCGCACGGUGGACGAGACGCCCGUCUACUCGGUGCCGCAGCUGCUGUCGGCCAUGGGCAGUCUCUGGAGCCUGUGGUUCGGCUCCUCCGUCCUGUCCGUCCUGGAGCUGCUGGAGCUGCUGAUCGACGCCGUGGCCCUGGCCGUGCUGCUGGGCUGCCACCGGCUCCGGCGCGUGCUGGGGUCCCGGCCGCGGGCGGCCCACACCAAGCCAGAGACCAACCAGGUGCCCGGUGACUGCGGGCAUGACGCCACACGCCCAGGGGCCCAGCCGGCGAUGCUUCCCGGGGCGCUGGCCAGAGUCUCAGCGGAAGAGUUAGGUCAAGUGUGGGUCCCCCAAGACUCCUGACACCUGAACCAGCCGGAGCGGAGUCUGAUCCUGGGGGCUGUGGCUCAGUGGGCUCUCCUGGCUUCCCAGGGGGGCCUGCCCAGCACCACAGGGGCCCCCUGGCGGCCAAGCAAAGCCUCGGGCCCAGGAAGCAGCAGCAUGGAGCCCAAGGGCUGGCUGGCUGGCUGGCUGGCUGGCAGGUACGAGGGCGCCCAGCACAUCAGGGCCUCUCACUGGCGCAGCCACCUGCCCCAUGGAGGCCUCGCGGUUCUCAAGAAGCCCAGGGCAGGGAGGAGGAGUGUCCCCACCGCUCUGAUUCCUAUGUUCCAGGCGGGACUGAGCACCUGUGCAUGUGUGUGCGCGCGCACACCCAUACAUGUGUGUGUGCAUGCAUGCAUGUGUUUGCCUUCAUGUAAAUGUACAUGUAGGGGGUGCCUCCACAUGGGAGCGUGUCUGUGUUUGAAUUACAUGUUUGCCUGUGUCAGCAUGUCUUCCCACACCUCAGCUCGCGGCAGGUGGGAGGGAGGGCAGGGCCAGGCCGAGGCCUCGGUGAGGCUGGGCUGCUUUGUAAUAAAACUGGCAAUUCCACCUGG